AUGCCAGAGUCACGUCUCACCCGGGAAUUCUUCCAGGGCCCUAUUACCGCGCUCGCAUUCUUCCGCGGCGCAGACUAUCUCCUCGCCGGCGAGGAUACUCACCUGACCCUCUACGACAUCAAACUUGGGAAUGCCGUCCGCGUGGCCAGCGUCCGCAUCUUCUCGGCGCAACCCAUCCACGGCAUUCGCCCGCUGACUGGUGGCCGCGUCUUGGUUUGGGGUUCUGCGCAGGUCGCCGUGGUAUCCCCUAUCGAAGCUCUUCUUGGCGAGGGAGCCAACGUUGAAGAUGUGGUGGUGAAGAAGACCACCGCACCGGACUGGAUAUAUGAUGUCUCCCCCUCGCCUUACCAUGACUCCUCUGUUGUGCUCGCAACAGCCCACAACGAAGUGGUACACCUGAGUUUGGACGACGAUAAUGUCCCUGUUGUUGGAGCUGUCGUCUCGCCCUCACGUCCCAUUCUCUACGCCGCGAGCUUGAAGUGGAUCGAUCAAGACUCUGUGCUCUUCGCAGGCGGCACCGUCUUUGGCGAGAUUGUCGUCUGGAAGUGCCAUGUUGCAGAUGGACGAUCCGAGAUGCUCGCUACGCUGAGUGGACACGAAGGCUCCCUCUUUGGCCUUAACAUCUCGGAUGAGCUUGUCUGCCAGGAUGGAUCGGCCAUAAGACUGCUUGUCAGUUGCAGUGACGACCGUACCGUCAGGGUUUGGGAUAUUACCAAGCAGCAUGGUACAGCAGAACGAAAGCGGCUCAAUUUUGCAGCGCCUCGAGAGACGGGAUUUGGAUCAACACCAAAUGGACAGGAUGGUUCUGGUCAGGACGCUGAAGCCCUGCGGCCCAUCGCGACCAUCAUGGGACACGCAUCGAGAAUCUGGGGCGUCAAGUUCGCUGAGCUGGCAGAGGGCGACCUUUUACCUCAGAGCCCAGUCACCAUAUACUCCUUCGGCGAGGACUCGACAGCUCAGAGGUGGCAGCUGGAUCUUGCCGUCUCCCCCAAGGGACUGUCCGGUUCUCUGAAGCAUAAGGAGACGUUUGCUGUGCACGACGGCAAGCACCUCUGGUCACACGCUGUAACGCGCCGCGACCAUCAGACAAUCAUUGCAACUGGAGGCGCUGACAGCAAGAUUUCACUGAUCACACAAUCCAUCCCGUCAAGCUCUCAAGCUGCCACCGCGCCCACCCACGAUCUCACUUCCCUCGAGUUCCAACAAGUCUUGGAUCAACUCCCCAACCUCCGCACUAUCCAGCACCUUCGUGGCCGUGAAAUCUUCAGCCGCUAUACCUUUCUCUCAGAGGACAAAGUCUUGGCCACUUCCAGCUGGGGGCGUCUUAUCCUUGGCACUUUCCGCCCUAGCUUGAAUUGGACAGAAGUCGACAUAGAGAACGAGGUUAUCGCUGAUCUCCAAUCGUGCUACACCAUGAAAACCAUUGGAGAUGACGCAGUCAUCCUGGGCACGACCAAUGGCAGCCUUUACCACUACCGUCAAGAUCAAGGCGUGACACACAUUGGGACUGUGCCUGGCAAGGUCUUCAACAUCUCGCUGCUCGCUGAACCAUCUGAAGGACCUAUGGAACUCAUUGUGCACCUUCAUGGAACAGCCGACGCUCAGUAUCUGUCUGUUGACUGGCGCACAGGAGCCGUCCUCGAGACGGCAGAUAUCCGUGGCAUGGAUAGCCGGUUCGUGGCAAUGUCUGCUGCCAGGGUGAAGAAAGACUUGAUCGCCAUCGGUUCGCGCCAUGGUUUCUUGUCACUCUUGAGGCAGGCUGAAGAGGGGUAUCGGCCUGUUCUGAACUUCAGGUUCAACAGCUCUGAUGCCAUUACAGCUCUGGUGCCACUCCCUGCCACAGACGGCGAAGGGGCUCCGUUUUAUUUCCUAGCCACAAGCAGAGACACCAAGUACAGGAUAUAUGAAGUUGAGGACCUCGGGAACGAGGUACGCCUUCAUCUGCAGCAUGAGGUCGCUCCUCCCUUUGCGUCCAUCAUCGAGGGUGGCUGGUUCACGCCAGAUGCCUCCCCUGAGCUGGUUCUAUUUGGCUUCAAGAGCAAGAACUUUGUUGUCUGGAACGAGACGAGAAGGGAAGAGGUUGCGGCAGUUGAUUGUGGAGGAUCUCACCGGACAUUUACCCUCGCACAUGAUCCGACAGACUACAACCGUAUCCGCUUCGGAUUCACAAAGACGUCCAAGCUCUGUGUCUACUCGCAGCAUAGUUCCAUUCAUCAACCUCUUCGACAAGGAACACACGGCAGAGAGAUUCGGGCACUGAGUUCUAGUGGUCGGUACAUCGCAACUGGUGCUGAAGACACCACAGUCCGAGUCUGGGGUUACGAGGAGGGUAAGCAAGGACAACCCGCUAACAAGGGGCUGCGAUGCCUUGCUUCCGCAAAGUUGCACAUCUCCGGUCUCCAGAAGACCCAAUGGCUCGGAGACGAAUAUCUCCUUAGCAGUGCAGGCUACGAGGAAUUCUUCAUAUGGUCAGUUCGGAGACUUGAAUCGCGCUACCAGGGCCUUGGUGUUUUGUGUGAAGCAGGCUUGGACGACAAAAGCCCGGCUGGCGACCUUCGUAUCGUAGAUUUCGAUGCUUGCAAGAUCGACAGUCAGAACAGUAUCAUCAUCACCUUGGCCAUGUCCAACUCGACCCUGAAAACGUAUCGAUACACCCCUGGCCAUGGCUUCAAGCUCCUGGCUCGCAUGUCAUACACGGGAGCCUGUCUCACCCAGGUGCGCCAUCUCGGGGUGGACGAGAACGGACUCUCGGCUCUCACAGCCUCCACAGACGGACAUUUGGCGACCUGGGAAGCGAGCUUUGACGACAACGAAACCUCGAGCCAUGUCCUGGUGCAUGUGGCCCCCUUGCACCAGAACAGCAUCAAGAGCCUGGAUCUUCAACCGACACCUGAAGGCUUCCAAGUGCUGACUGGUGGAGAUGACAAUGCACUCGGCAUUACAACCAUCACACCUCUAUCUCAUGAGGCAGGAAACCGCAGGUACACUAUUUCGAGCCGCGGUAUAGUGCGCAAAGCACAUGCAGCAGCCAUCAACGGCUUGGUGCUAGUGCGCCGUGGGGGAGAGACAUUCGGAGCCACCGUGAGCAACGACCAAAGGAUCAAGAUUUGGAGGAUACAUCAGGACAAGACUCAGCUGCUAGCCGACGAAUACAGCGGCGUAGCUGACCCAGGGGAUAUCGCUGUAAUAGACGGACCCGGCAGCGAUGCUGCUGACAGGAACCAAGGCAAGCUGAGGUUUGUGGUUGGAGGUGUGGGGGCCGAGGUGUGGUCCUGGUAG